UGCAAUUAACAUAAGCAGAUAUAGCAGUAAAUGGGGGCAUUGACUGGGCUGAAUGUUGCUGAAGCCAGAAUCCAAAGGGCACCAUCUCUGAGAGUCAGACUGUCAAGACUCAACCCUAUCCUCUAAAAGCAGAGGGCGUACUUCAUACACCUAUUCGGGUACAUCACGAUGGACAAGAAACCAAGGCGGUCCGCAAGAUCCAGUAAAUCUGAGGAAGAAGACCCCAUAGAGUCUCUCGUCGGAAAUCUGUCGACACUGAAACUCGGGCGUGCCAAACGCUCGUUCGUAGACUCAAAAAAAGCUGGCACAGAGGACGGACUGCUUUUCGACCCCGCCGACUACUCCGAGGGUGAGCUGGACGAAAUGCUGGACAAGUUUUUUGAAAUAAGUGCGCCUUCAAAAGUGAAACGGUCUGAUGGAAUUGGCUGGAUUCGAGUCUUGUCGUCCUCCUAUGAGGAAGAAGGAUUGGGCAAUCUGGAGGAUCUAGAGAAUGACUGGGAAAAGCUCAAGGCUUCCAAGAAAACUAUCAACUUUGAUGCUAUUAAAGAAAUGGCAAUAUCUAACUGGUGCUUGGGCGGUAUCUGGCUGCUCUUCGUGAACACUGCAGAAGAGAUUGACACCACGUGGGAGAAAAUCGCCAGGGCUACCGUGAAAGGCAAGCUAGGCACGCACACCAAGGUAACGCCCGUGGCAGACACAAAAGAAGGGAAGGAUCUGUAUGGUGCGCAGCACGUUGUGAGCGUGUACACCAAAGAUUUCACCGACAAGUCGGACGUGCUGAAGGUGGAGGCCGCCUUGCGCCGGUUGGGUCUCAGGGAGCGAAUUGUUUUCAAGCCCCGCGUCUACUCUAGCCUGGGCGUGUACUCGCAGAAUGAGUGGAAUCUCAGACCGGGCAUCUACACCUCUCACUGGGAUGCUAGGAAGCUGGCCGGGAAUAUACGCGAUAUCACCAAAGGUCGCGAGACCUACAUGAUAAACAUCCAAGAUGGCAACUGAAAAGCGCUCCUCACUGCCUAUGUUGCGUUAUACAUCGAAACUGUUACUUUAUCAGAUUAACUUUUGGGUAUGUUAAAGUUACUUGUAUACCCCUUGCCAAAACUAAUCAAGGUUGCACCAAAUUUGCUAAAAGUAAUGGUAAAUAGCGAACGUGAGAAAUUGAUUGGCGCUGUUUUACUUUUAAUGUUACUUAACACGAGUUGGUGUUUAGUGGAAGUUGUUCGGGUUAAACAUUGCAUGAUACUUCUGCGGCCAACGUCCAGAGAGGCAAUGAGUGGACAUCUCUGCAUUCUUUACACCCAGGCUGUUACACUUUGCACUUAGAGGUUGUGUUCGUAUUUACGUUUGCUUUGGAAACAAUAAGACAUGUUCUUGACGGGGUUAUCGCACUUGAGGAUUCACCAGUUAGUUCCGGGAUGCGCCCUGCAAUCUGAGAAACACGGCAAAGAGGGCAGGAUAUGUAACAUGCAGGCACUGUACAUUAUAGCGCGGCUGGUUAAAAGUAAGUUGGUUCAUCCAUUUUUCAUAAUUUUAACAGCUUACAAAGCGUUUUUUUUGUCUGCGCUCUUUCCCCUCUUAGAGCGUGCAAAUUAAAAAGGAAACCGUUUCACUGUCUUUA